AGCUCAUUUCCUGUGCUGUGGAGAGGCUUGCCUUUGGUGUUACAUCUGGACACAGUCGUCCCUCAGCAUCCAAGCACAUCGGUUCCUGAUCCCCCUGCAGACAACAGAACCCACCGUGCUCAAGUCCUUUGUACAAAGGGGCAUGGACAUGGACUUGAUUGACAUACUCUGGAGGCAAGAUAUUGAUCUUGGGGCAAGUCGAGAAGUGUUUGACUUCACUCAGCGACAGAAGGAAUAUGAGCUGGAAAAACAGAAAAAACUUGAAAAGGAAAGACAAGAACAACUCCAAAAGGAGCAAGAGAAAGCCUUUUUCGCUCAGUUACAACUAGAUGAAGAGACGGGUGAAUUCCUCCCGAUUCAGCCAGCCCAGCACAUCCAGUCAGAAACCAGUGGAUCUGGCAACUACUCCCAGGUUGCCCACAUUCCCAAACCAGAUGCUUUGUACUUCGAUGACUGCAUGCAGCUUUUGGCAGAGACAUUCCCAUUUGUAGAUGACAAUGAGGUUUCUUCACCCACAUUUCAGUCCCUUGUUCCCGAUAUUCCCAGCCACGUCGAAAGCCCAGUCUUCACUGCUCCCAACCAGGCUCAGUCCCCUGAAGCUCCUGUGGAGAUAGCCAUGGGUGAUGUGGAGGGCAUGCAGCAGGACAUGGAGGAAAUUUGGCAGGAGCUAUUUUCCAUUCCAGAAUUACAGUGUCUUAAUAUUGAAAAUGACAAGCUGGUGGAGACUACCAUGGUUCCAAGCCCGGAAUCCAAACUGACAGAAAUUGACAACAGUUACUUCUACUCAUCAGUCCCUUCACUGGAAAAAGAAGUAGGGAGCUGCAGGCCAGAGUUUCUUAAUACUUUCGAGGACUCUUUCAGCAGCAUCCUCUCCACAGAAGAUCCCAACCAGCUGACAGUGAACUCAUUAAAUUCAGAUGGCACAUUAAACACAGAUUUUGGUGAUGAAUUUUAUUCUGCUUUCAUAGCAGAACCAAGCAUCAGCAACAGCAUGUCCUCCUCUGCCACUGUAAGCCAGUCACUCUCUGAACUUUUAUAUGGGCCCAUUGAUGUUUCUGAUCUAUCACUUUGUAAAGCUUUCAACAAAAAUCACCCUGAAAGCACAGUAGAAUUCAAUGACUCUGACUCGGGCAUUUCACUGAACACAAGUCCCAGCAUAGCAUCACCAGAACACUCUGUGGCUUCUUCCAUCUAUGGAGACCCACCAGCUGGCCUCAGUGAUUCGGAAAUGGAAGAGCUAGAUAGUGCCCCUGGAAGUGUCAAACCCAGCGGUCCCAAAACACAGCCAGUAUAUUCUUCUGAGGAUACUGCACAACCUCUGUCACCAUCUCAAGGGCACAGUUCUUCCAUGCAUGAUGCCCAGUGUGAAAACACACCAAAGAAAGAUCUGCCGGCAAGUCCUGGUCAUCGAAAAACCCCAUUCACAAAAGACAAACAUUCAAGCCGUUUGGAGGCUCAUCUCACCAGAGAUGAGCUUAGGGCAAAAGCUCUCCAUAUCCCAUUCCCUGUAGAAAAAAUCAUUAACCUCCCUGUUGACGACUUCCAUGAAAUGAUGUCUAAGGAGCAAUUCAGUGAAGCUCAAGUUGCACUAAUUCGAGAUAUACGUAGGAGGGGUAAGAAUAAAGUAGCAGCUCAGAAUUGCAGAAAAAGAAAACUGGAAAAUAUAGUAGAACUGGAGCAAGAUUUAGGUCACUUAAAAGAUGAAAAAGAAAAAUUACUCAAAGAAAAAGGAGAAAAUGACAAAAGCCUCCAUCAACUGAAAAAACAACUCAGCACCUUGUAUCUCGAAGUCUUCAGCAUGCUACGUGAUGAAGAUGGAAAGCCUUACUCUCCUAGUGAAUACUCCUUGCAGCAAACAAAAGAUGGCAAUGUAUUCCUGGUUCCCAAAAGUAAGCGGGCAGAUGUUAAGAAAAACUAGACUGGGGAAGAUUUGCCUUUUCUGAGCUGUUUGUUUGUUUUGUACUGUUAUCCUAAAAGAGCCUAUUGUGAUGUGAAACGCAAGAAAAUACUUUAUAAGUAAUUCUAUGCAAAAAUUAUAGCCAAAACUAUAGCAUAGAAAAUAAGAAACAUUAAAAAGCAUUAAAAUACUAGUAUGUUGAAUCAGUAGUUUCACUUUAACUAUAAGGUUAAUUUGUUAGGGCACCAUUUGGGCUUGUUUCUGUGUAAGUGUAAAUACUACAGAAUUUCUUAUUUAUACUGUUCUUGUCUCAUUUGUUACAUUCAUAGAUUUACAUGAUAUGACAUCUGCCUAAACGCAAAUUGAUGCAAAACUAACCACUAUGUACUUUUUUAAAUAAAUACUGUACGAAUAAAAAAUGGCAUUUUUUAUAUUAAAUUGCUUAGUUCUGGCAAAAAAAUUUAAGAGCUGGUACUAAUAAAGGAAUAUUAUGACUUAAAUUAUA